AGUGGGCCCCGCCCUUUUCCGCUUCAUGCCGCCCUCACUCAGUCAUGAUGACCCCUUCGUCUGUGACGUAGGCGAUUCCACGGUGACCACCUCAGUAGGCAAUGGCAGGAUGCUGGGAGUAUAUAUGGGACAUUUGUGCCCAUCAGACGGUACUCAGUCGCUCCGACUCGGGAACCAGGUCAUCAGCGGAGAUAAGGCAAUACUUCGCCCCACUAGGCUAACUCGCUUUGGGCUUUGGUUAAGGAUGGAAACCUUCUCGAUUUCUCGGAGCCGACGAAGCUCCGUCGUGCGCAACUGCAAAAGCGGCCUCUCCCUUUGGUUGGUGGUGUGGAUGGUUCUCGGCAAGCCAAGUCUGGCAUUGGGCUGCCCGCACCUUUGCGUGUGCUACCCGACUCCCAUGACUGUAAGCUGCCAAGCGCAGAACUUCACCACCGUCCCCAUUGGAGUGCCGUAUGAGUCGCAGCGCGUUUUCCUCCAGAACAACAGGAUCACGGAGCUUAGAGUUGGCUCAUUUGGCUUUGGGACUCAGGUUCUGUGGUUGUUUUCCAACAACAUUACAUGGAUCGAAGCAGGAGCUUUCAGUGAGCUGAGGGACUUGGAGGAGUUGGACCUAGGGGACAACCCUAACCUUCACCGUCUGGAAGGGGGAGCCUUCCGCGGCCUAGAGAAGCUCCAGAGCCUCCAUAUGCACCGCUGCAAACUCACCGCCCUGCCCCACGACAUCUUCCGCAAGCUUUACAGCCUGCAUUAUCUCUACUUACAGGAAAACAAUCUACACUUCCUGCAGGAUGACAUCUUUUCUGAUCUCAUCAACCUGAGUCAGCUAUUCCUGCACGGAAACCGCAUACGCACCAUCUCAGAAAAUGUUUUCCGUGGCUUGGUAAACCUUGACCGCUUGCUCCUUCAUGACAACCGCAUCAGGCAGGUGAACCGUCGGGCCUUCCGCGACCUUGGUCGCCUGACCAUGCUGUUCCUCUUCAACAAUUCUCUACCCGAGCUGCCCAGUCAGACACUGAGGGACACUCAGGGCAUAGAAUUCCUCCGCCUCAAUGCCAACCCCUGGUCGUGUGGCUGCGAAGCCCGCGGCCUGUGGGAGUGGUUCCGGGAGGCCCGUGUCUCUUCAUCUGAGGUGAUCUGUAACUCUCCUUCUACACGCCGUGGUCAAGAUCUUCGCUUUCUUCGAGAAAUGGACUUUGCCCUCUGCCCGCUCGCCGAUCCUGGCUCAAUCGCCGGGUCCACCACCACCACCUUCAGUACCAAAACCAGAUGGUGGUACCACAAAAACAAGCCUCAGUCAUCGACAAAAGGUCUCUUUGAGAAAUCUUCAGAGACGGUCAAAGCCGGCUUGUACGGGAAAGGCCCGUCCACAACCACAUCACUGGUCAAGUAUGAGCUGGGGGAGGAAGAACUGGCAUUGCCUAAACUUGACCAGGAAGAGUACUGGGCAAACUACGGCAACGAGGACUCAGGUGUCACCCUGCGAUGCUUUGAGCUCGAAUGUCCGCCUGAGUUUGACCUGACUCCAUCUUCCUCCUCUACCUCACCAUCCUCACCCUCUUCCCUCUCAGUACUAGCCAUUGCAGUGUUCAAUCUCCACUAUCUAUUUGGCUGAAUCCAACUUCAAGUGCCCUGCGUACCCUGGAGCCUGUUUUAAAGGCUGCCAGGAUCCGUGUUGAGACUCUCUAUAGUCCCUAUGACAGCUCUGUUGAAUGCUAUUCCUCAAGGCACAACGAGCGAGAUAGGGAGAUUCUGAUUCUAACAUCUACAGGGCUAAACUUUUGAAGGCUGCUAGAUCUUUCGAUACAACACGCUUGAAGCCUAAAUGAUCUCAUGAUUUUCCUGAAAUCAGGGCUGCGAGGGCUAAGUCCAUCGUUAACAUCGGCAAGAUUUGAAAGCAGUUGUCAAUGAUGUCAUUAUUUUCAUCAACUCGACUGAGUAAGAACUAAUAGUGCUAUUAUUGCACCCAGGUAACUGGUUUAUACUAAUUACUGUUAGAACACAGUGCGUAGUAACAACAGUAUUGUAACCACUUACAGUGUCAUGUAAAUACCCAUGUAUGUUUGUUGUGGAUGCUCAAAUUGAUGUCGUAGAGCUCAUCUUGAACCCAAGGCACCGAGGAGACGAGGAUCCUCAUUUUUUUGAAGAUGCUCAGAGUGACAUGAAAAAGUAGAGGAAUGCAAGACAGAGAAGGUCUCACGUGUACUAAAUGACAACGAGUGAAGAUGUUUAUUAUUAAGUGACAAUUUUAGAAUGAGGAAAGCAAGAGUGAGAGAAGUGAGAGAGUGAGUGAGUGAGAGGGUUGCUGGGUUGACAGCGCCCUCACACUAAUAGGAGAGAAAAGCAUUGGACCAUUUUGACAAGGGCAUUAACAGAACAUGGAGUGGAAUAGUAAAACAUCCACAGUCUAGCAGCUACACUUAUUUGUACGUCAAUGUUUUUGUAUUUUUGCCCCAUUUGAAUUUUUUCUGUAAAUAUGAUGUCGUUUACGACAAACACUGGGAAAGAAUUCUUCCUUUCAGGAAGCCUGAGAUUGGUUGUUGGAUGUCUUUCUGUGACAUAUUGAUACUCUGUACAAAGACUGGAUUGGAUGCAGAUGAACAUCUUUAUAAAGAGAAAAACUGAAUAUAUAUAUGA